AUGACCACCGCAAAGCUCGAGCUUCGAACAGCUCUCGGUCCAGUCUAUCGCGAUGUUCUUCUCACUCCUCCGCGAAAUUGCACCCCUGAUGAAAUACCGGUCAUUGAUCUUGAGCAUCUAUGCGCCGCAGAUAUCGCCGAGAGGAGGGACGUGGCUCAAGCGAUCAGAUCGGCCGCCGUGAACACGGGGUUCUUCUACAUCAAGAACCACGGCAUCUCACAAGACGUCAUCUCCAAAGCCAAACGACAGGGGCUCGACUUCAUGAGACAGUCUCUGGAGCAAAAGGAGCUGAUAUCAUCUAGAAAGUAUAGCAAGUACUUCAACGGCUAUUCCGGAGCAGCCACAACCAACAUCUCGCCUAGCGAGAGCGUAGAUAUCAGAGAGAGCUUCUCUUUCCGAUACUCGCCCGAACUGGAUCCCGACCACCCGACGGCCAUGUCAGAGAUUCCGCCGGAAGUGCGGCCGUGGAUCAGAGGCGAGGACUUUGUGUGGGAGGGCACGGCACACCUGCCCGACUUUAAGACGGACUGCGUGGCGUACUGGGCGAGCUGCCUGCAGCUCGCGAGGAAGCUAGUCAGGGCGUUUGCGCUCUCGCUGGACUUGGCCGAGGAUUACUGGGACGACAAGGUCACGCACCCGGGCGCGGAUUUUGUCUUCAACUAUUAUCGGCCACGCAGCGAGCAGGAAGUCAAGGGAGGGUUUGUCGGGCUUGGUAGUCAUACCGACUUGCAGCUCUUCACUCUCCUGUGGCAGGAUACUAUUGGUGGCUUGCAAGUACUUACCAAGGAAGGGCAAUGGAUCAAGGCUCCACCGAUUGAAGGCACGAUUGUUGUCAAUAUUGGAGACUACAUGAUGCGUCUGUCCAACGACACUUACAAGUCGACCGUCCAUCGCGUGACGAAUGAAUCACCAUUGGAACGUGUCUCGAUGCCUUUCUUCUUCGGUCUGAAUUUCAACUGCAUUGAGAGUGUAAUCCCAAGUUGCGUAUCAGAAACGAAUCCAGCAAAGUACGAACCGAUAUCUUGCGGGGACUGGUGUCAGAUGAGGUUCAAGAUUGAAAGAGAGUCUUUUGACAAGAAACAAGCAUCUGCACCUUCGUUGGCUCCAAGUGCAGUGGUUGUUCAGGCUCAGGCUUAG